CAAACUCUCGCUAGCUCUGAAAGUUUCACCUCCAAAGCUUCCCUAGUAACUAAAGUGGUGAGAAGGUUGACACAGAGAACAAUGGCUAAUUAACAAUCAGGGAUUAUAAUCAGGCAUUUUGUCCUCGGGAGAUAUUUCCGGAACUGUACAUGGAAAACACAAGUGCUUAAAGGCCACAGAUAUCACAGCAAUGAGUAGCCGAGAAUUUGUGCCAAUUUCAUUUCCUGGAUGGAGUCAAAGUUUAACCAGAGCGAUUUAAAGGUCCGAUGACUACAAAAUUACCGUAACACUCACCUUCCCUUCCCUAAUAAGAAAACCUAGUCUAAAUAUGUAUUCUACGUCACUAAGUGUUAAAGACAUUGCACACAGGGUGCGUGGUUCAACUGCUAAUAAUUGGUUCACUGACCACACAGCCGAAGACAAUAAUGCUGAAUAUGUUGGUCCUCCCUCACCGAGAUGUGGUAGCCCCGAAGGAAAACGGAACGCUUACCUUAGAGGGCACAGAGAUAACAUUCAGACCAUCCUAAAUGAUGGUCCUGGUACGUAUCUUGGUCAUAAACGAUCGUAUACAGACCCAAGCCCGAUUCCAAGAGUAAAACCAGAAGCUGUAGAGAUCUAUGAAUCUCACCAAGGCAGAAAGCUGGCAACAAUGAUGACCGAAUAUGGUAUGUUGCCAUUGAGUGGAAGGCCAGUGGCAAGAAUCAAACCAGAGGCACAAGAUCUGUCAUAUGAUCACAAAGGUGGAAGAAUGGCGAAUCUCCUCAAUAACUAUGGGAACAAUCCUCGCUCGGCAAGACCGGAACCUCGUAUUAAAGCGGAAGCCGAGUCGUCUGCAGAAUUAGACAAAGGGAAGCGUAUGGACACACUGAUACAUAGCUAUGCUACGAUGGGAGUAUCAGCACGUGUACCAAGGGUUAAACCAGAAGCUGAAUGUUCAGCUGACCUUGAUAGAGGUAAACGAAUGGAUAAACUUUUACACAAAUAUCAAAAACAGGAAGAAUUUACACCUAGACCCGUUCCAAGGGUUAAACGCGAAGCGGAGGAUAGUGCUGAACUAGAUAAAGGUAAAAGAAUGGAUGGUCUAAUUCAUAAAUACAACAAAUUACCACAAUCAGCGAGACCAGUUCCAAGAGUUAAACCGGAGGCAAAUGACGUCGCUGAAGCACAUAAGGGAAAGAAAACUGAAAAACUACUCCAUGAGUACGGCGAAUUGGGUCUCUCAGUUAGGCCAGCACCAAGGGUAAAACCCGAGGCAGAAAGCACUGCUGAAAGAGGACGGGGGAUAGUACAGCACCUCUUCCACAAGUACCACCAGUUGCCUACAUCCCCCCGUCCUCAAUCUAGAACUAAAGGCGGAGAGUACAUAUAUCCCGACCGCAGCCAGAUUGAGCCCGUUUUACGACAUUUUCCUAGGACUGGCAAGAACGGAUCUUCACUUUGCAGUGUGUCUUCCAAGAUGUUGAAAAGGAUCGUUGCAGUUGUAGUUUUUGGAAUAUUAGCACAGAGAAUAUUUCUCCUUGUGAGGUUGCUAGGAUUCCACACAACCCUGUACAACCAUAGACCAGGGCCAUGUCGAGUUGUUCCGGGAAUAGGAGAAGGGUCGGAAGAUAUGCAACAAUUGUCAGAUGGCCUUACCAUAAUUUCAGGAGGCAUGAAACGAUUUGACAACCCUUCAGCUGUAGCUGAGGCGAAUGGAAAUCUUUACUUAUUUGACUUCAACGUCCCAGAUGCAAACGUUGAAAAGUUGAAGAUUAAAGGAGAUAUAUUUAAUAAGAAAACAUUUAACCCACAUGGCUUAAGCCUAUUUGAAGAUCCCAAGUCAGGGGAGGUUUAUGUGUUUGUCGUGAACCAUCCUCCAGAAGGUGACCAGAUAGAGAAAUUCACUUUUGACAGAAAUUCGAAGACAUUAACCCACCUACAGUCGAUAAAACACGACACCUUCACUGUUUUGAAUGAUAUAGUUGCAUUAGAUGGCACUCGUUUUUAUGUAACACGCUAUGACUAUUUCCGUCACCCAGCUUUGCGUGCCCUUUCUGUGCUAUUUGGUUUAAAAUGGGGCUCAGUUAUAUACAUUGACACAAAGAAGAACUCCUUUGCGACAGUGGCAACUGGGAUGUUGACGCCAAAUGGUAUAAAUGCUUCCCCUGAUAAGAAAUACAUAUAUGUGGCUAAUAUAGGAGAUAGGAAUAUUGUAGUAUUCAAAAGAGACGAGUCUGAUAAUUCGUUAACAGAAGCAAGGACUUUAGAUUUGUAUGCAAUGACAGACAAUAUUGAUGUUGAUCCCCUAAGCGGCGAUCUCUGGCUUGGUGUGCAGGCUGUUGGACAUCUAAGUGCCGCAUAUCUUGCGGACCAUGAUCACAAAAUUCCGGAUCUCAAAGCCCCAUCUAGGGUGCUGUAUGUUAAAAUGUCCAAAGCAGCUGAGCCACAAGAAGUUCGGGAUGUCUUCGUAGACGACACAAUGAUUUUUGCCUCGAGUGUAGCUACAAGAUACAAAGACGCCAUGUUGGUUGGAAGCGUCUACCAUAACAUGGUGUAUUGUCAGCUUAAAUCAUUUUAAAAUCUUCACGAUCAAAAUUGAGCCUCGUUAAUAUUUCAUGUCGCCUCGAAUGUAUUUUUUGUUUUUCAACAAUAGCGAUGUACAGUACCGUUUUUACAGAGCUGCCCGGCACUGUUUCAUAAACAGUGCUGUUUGAGAUUGACAGUGUUACCAUUUUACUGUAGUUUGACAUAAAUUAUUGGGCUAUUCAAUAAUUAAUUCUCAAAUAAACAGUGCUUGAUAAAAGUUUACAUUAUCAACAGGAUAGUAACUGGAUUAAGCAUGUUAAUGGCAUGAAUGAGGCAAUGCUUUGAGCACUACGAUGUCUAUCUGGAUUUAUGGCAUCAGUAUUGUGUUUUUGUCUCUCAUAUUUUAAGUAGCAGUCUUUGAACAUUCAUGAUAAGUUAAUUACACUACUUGGUAAUAAGGUUUUUAUAGAAUGGGGGCAUGACAUUUUUUAUAUGUUUUGGCAAAUAUGUCAAGAUAUUUUUAGAAACACGUUUUAGCCAUGUUGUAGUAUUUAAUGUGAACAUUUUAUAUACUGCUUAAAUAAAAUAGACAUGUAGAUUUUAAAUACUGACUCACCUAACAAUAGGGUACCGCUGUAAAAAAGCGUAUGUAAAAAUGAAUAAAUAAAAAAAUA